UGUUAUUAGCUGUAACUUUAGGUUUGUGAGCCAGCUACGCAAUAACUAACUAUCAUAGCUGACAGUAUAUUAACUGCUUUAUCAAAGUGAAGUUGUGAUUAAUCAUUAAAGCGACAUAUUCUGUCGAGCAGGGUCACAAACAACAGGGGACUCUUUAGUGGAGUAUAAACCCUUUCUAUUAAUCAUAGGCUACCUUAUUAUCUUCAGACCUUUUUUUUAAUGAAUAAAAACCAGUCAUACUUUUUUAAAAGACUUCUCCAAAUGCUGUUAAAAGGUUCAGCUUUCUGUAACAUGUGGCCCCCAUGAUGAGAUUUCUUUUUUCUUUCUUUCUUCAUGUGCUGCAGAGAUCCUGACAUCCUAAACCUUUUCCAUCUCCGGGAUUCUUUGCAGUCUUUCACACCUACAGUACAAACUGUCUGUCUGACUGCUGUGGCUGUUUUAAAGCGAGCAGAAAAGCUAUUGCAACACACACUUCUGAGCCAGUCCAUCCAUUAUUAGUUGAACUUGACUCUCCCCUCCUGUGCCACAACAUUCCCAAUCUUUUAUAUCUCGUUGAAGUACCUAAUUCUAUUUUAUGUAGGCGGCAUUGGAAAUGUUGAAUAAUUCAUGAAUGGUUUUUGCUACCAAAUGUUGCUACGUUUGGAAAAGUUUUUCAUCUUUUUUUUUUUUUACAAAUAAGCUCUUUAAUCUACAGUUCACUGAAUGCGGUUUAUUUGAAAGCUGCCAAGAUAAGAAGCACAGAAGUAAACAUUAAGCUUAGCCACUUAAACUGGGCGAGUGGGUGUUUAAUGCACCUCGUAUCACUUUGACUUUGAAGACGAUAUGUAAGCAGUAUAAGUAUUUUAUGCCGGUAUCAGUGAUUGUGAGUUUAUAUACUAUGUAUGUCUCUCAGACCAUCGUUUUCAAAUGGCUGAAAAAGGCUCGCCUGGUUGUGCUGCAAGUGUAGGCUGCACUCUGUUACAAGCCGCGAUGAGCCACAGCAAAGGUGGGAGUGAAAAUAUAUGUGUGAAUUAUGACACAAGCACUGCCCUGGCUUUGGCUAGCCAGGAUGUUAUACUUCAGAGAUGCACCAGGGCUUACAUUUUGACAUUUCUUCUGUGUGGGGUCUUGCUUUGAAGUGUCUAUAUAUUGACUGAUUUGAAUGUUUAUGUUCUCCGUGUUAUUCUGUAGAGCUAAGCUGUUGGAAAGAGGUUUGUUGGCCUCUGUUCUGAGGAUGUACGUGAGUGUAUGUCGGUGGCUCCACCCACUGAGUGGGCUUGCGUAGAGCUAUGACUCAUCCCCCCUCUUCAGAGGCUUGAUGGAAUUCAACACACAAACACAGUGGACCGAAUACAUCAUGCAGGCUGAGCUUCAGCACAGAACUGAAAUAUGUAGACCUGGUUAAUGUGAGAGCAGUGUGUUUUAUUGUUUGAUUUAUUUGUGGAUGCUGAGAUAUGUGACCUCCACUGACAUUAUCACAGUGUAUGGCUAUUUUGAAUAAACAAGAGGGGCAUACAACAAGCGCCUGAGUAGAACUAAUUAUGUCUAUAUGUGGUCUUUUAAUAAAAAAGCGCCUUGCCGCCACUGUCAGCCACUAGUCCUGAAAGAGCUGGACCCUAGUUUGUCCUCAAGAGGCUGACUGCUGCCCUAGCAAACAUCAGCCUCUCAGAGCCAGUCAGACAUGUUGUUUUUGCUCUGGCUGGGGAUUAAACUAGAAUGCUAAUAAUGAGGGGCUUUAUAGGGACGGGAUGAGAGCUGGACAGCUGGACGGGCUUAGAGUAUGGACUCCAUACUGUUUGACAACAAAUAGAGCUGCAGUUGGGAAAAGUCAAUGGGCAUCAGAUCAUGGACGAGCCCAUGGAGGAGGGAGAGUCUUUCUCACACUGUGAUGAAGGGACAUAUAAGGAGAUUCCUAUCACUCACCACGUGAAAGAGGGCUGUGAGAAAGCUGAUCCAUCUCAGUUUGAACUGCUCAAAGUCCUCGGCCAGGGCUCUUUUGGCAAGGUAUUUCUUGUCAGGAAGAUCCUGGGUCCAGAUGCUGGUCAGUUAUAUGCAAUGAAAGUUCUAAAAAAGGCAUCUUUGAAAGUCAGGGACAGAGUUCGCACUAAGAUGGAAAGAGACAUUUUAGUGGAAGUCAAUCAUCCCUUCAUAGUGAAAUUGCACUACGCCUUUCAGACAGAAGGGAAAUUGUAUUUAAUACUGGACUUUCUCAGGGGAGGGGAUGUAUUCACUCGCUUAUCCAAAGAGGUUAUGUUUACAGAGGAAGAUGUGAAAUUCUACCUUGCAGAGCUGGCCCUGGCCCUCGACCAUCUGCACAACCUGGGCAUAGUUUACAGAGAUCUCAAGCCAGAGAACAUCUUACUUGAUGAAGCUGGACACAUAAAGUUAACAGACUUUGGCUUGAGUAAAGAGUCAGUAGAUGCUGAUAAGAAGGCUUAUUCCUUCUGUGGUACGGUGGAGUAUAUGGCCCCUGAGGUGGUCAACAGGAGAGGACACACACAGAGUGCGGACUGGUGGUCUCUGGGAGUACUUAUGUUUGAGAUGCUAACGGGGACAUUACCAUUCCAAGGGAAAGACCGCAAUGAGACCAUGAACAUGAUUCUCAAAGCUAAGUUGGGAAUGCCCCAGUUCCUAAGUUUGGAAGCCCAGAGUUUGCUAAGAAUGCUGUUUAAACGUAACCCUGCUAACAGACUAGGGGCCGGACCCGACGGAGUGGAGGAGAUCAAACGCCACGCUUUCUUUUCCACCAUCGACUGGAAUAAACUGUACAGGAGAGAACUCCAGCCCCCAUUCAAGCCCGCAGCAGGUAAACCAGAUGACACGUUCUGCUUCGACCCAGAGUUCACCGCUAAAACGCCUAAAGACUCCCCAGGUAUCCCUCCCAGUGCAAACGCCCACCAGCUCUUCAAAGGCUUCAGUUUUGUUGCUCCAGCCCCUAUGGAUGAGAACAAGAGUUCCCCGCUGCUGAGCAUACUCCCCAUAGUUCAGAUGCACGGGGGCUCAGCCAAGUUCUCUGAUCUGUACGAGUUGCAGGAGGACAUAGGGGUCGGCUCCUACUCCAUUUGUAAACGCUGUGUACACCGAGUCUCUGCCAUGGACUAUGCUGUGAAGAUUAUAGACAAAAUUAAGAGGGACCCCUCUGAAGAGAUUGAAAUCCUGAUGCGAUACGGGCAGCAUCCCAAUAUCAUCACUCUGAAAGACGUGUAUGACGAGGGCCGGUAUGUAUACCUGGUGACGGAGCUGAUGAAGGGCGGGGAGCUGCUGGAUAAGAUCCUUAGGCAGAAGUUUUUCUCUGAGAGAGAGGCCAGUGCUGUGCUCUACACCAUCACCAAGACUGUUGACUACCUCCAUUGCCAAGGGGUGGUACACCGAGACCUGAAGCCCAGUAACAUCCUAUACAUGGAUGACUCGGGAAAUCCUGACUCCAUCAGGAUCUGUGACUUUGGAUUUGCCAAGCAGCUUCGGGGAGGCAACGGCCUCCUCCUCACCCCCUGUUACACCGCCAACUUUGUGGCACCAGAGGUACUAAUGCGGCAAGGUUAUGAUGCAGCUUGUGAUAUAUGGAGUCUUGGAGUUCUACUGUAUACCAUGCUGGCAGGGUACACGCCGUUUGCUAAUGGGCCAAACGACACACCAGAGGAGAUUCUACUUCGGAUAGGAUCUGGAAAGUUCUCCUUGACAGGGGGCAACUGGGAUACUGUAUCAGACACCUCAAAGGACCUGCUGUCCCAUAUGCUCCAUGUGGACCCUCACCAGCGAUACACAGCAGAGCAGGUUCUUAAGCAUUCCUGGAUCACCUGCAGAGAUACGCUACCACACUUCCAGCUCACACGCCAUGAUGCACCACACCUCGUCAAGGGAGCAAUGGCUGCCACCUAUUCAGCACUGAGCCAGAAGACAAGUCAGCCAGUGUUGGAGCCCGUGGCAGCAUCCAGUCUAGCCCAGAGACGCAGCAUGAAGAAACUCACCUCAACAGACAUGUAGACACACGCCGCUCGCCCUCCAGUUUUGACCUCACUCUCAGUCGGACUCUCAUACGCAAAAGAUGCGUGCACACACACAGACCGAACUCCUGGCCAGUCAGACCUACUGUCUCCCUUUUUUAAUCUAUUUAUUUGACACACCCGACAUAUGCACGCAUACAUGCACACUCACACUGGACGAGGUUGCAUUGUGAAGAAGUCAGCUGAAGAGGAAGAGGGGAAACUCACAUAUCUGUUACUGCUGGGGAGACAGACUUGUAUUUAUUUCCACAGCUUUCAUAUGCACUUGCCCUCCUCGCCUUUCAUUCUUUCUUCCUCGUGUGGGGAAGAAACGCACCAGCUGAUGUUCUCCUUCACUGUGAUUGGCUGAUUCUAAGCUGCUUUGGUAAACUGUGCCCCCCCACUGCUCUUCAUCUGUGCGUUGCCAUCCUCCUCCUCAGUUCUCUCUCUCCUUCCCUUGUUUGCUUUUGCUCUCUUAACUUCUUUUCUUCAAAGUGAAGUAAUGGUUUAUGUGUGAGAGUGUUGGCAGGAUGAUAUUGACCGAGGGACACUCUCAGACUGUUUGUGGCAGAUUAAAAAGUCCUUCAGGAUCAAAAUCAUCUGCCAGCACUUUUGGAAACAUAAAAGCAUGUCCGGACAGAACCUGUAUUUCUUUUCCCUUCAAAUUCACAGUCUGACUCCUGUUACGUUGUGAUGCUAAUGAUGUAUCAAAAGAGGUAAAAAUAAGCUGCAGAUGGACAAAAGAUAAUGUCUAGAGUUCGAAGGUGACAUAAUGUGGUAACGAUAACAGAAAUUCUAGUUUGCAAAAAUAUAUAUAUAUAUAU